UCUAUCCUCCAUGAAAGCAUAUACUAAUUAAGAAGCUAUGGUAAAGGAAUUCAUUACACAAGCAGAGGUUGGUGUAGGGUUAGAAACCCUGUGGACAGCUUUGGCAAAGGAUUUUCCAAACAUAGUUCCGAAAGCUCUCCCAGAUAUUGUGAAAGAUGUGCAGCUGACCGAAGGCAAUGGAGGAAUUGGAACAAUCCUCAUCUUUAAUUUUUUGCCUGAUGCAAGAAGUGUAACUCAUUACCAGAGGGAGAAGAUCACAGAAUUUGAUGAAGUUAACCAUGAAAUUGGGCUGCAAGUGAUUGAAGGGGGUUAUCUGAAUCAAGGUUUAACAUACUACAAGACUACUUUUCAACUUUCUUCAAUAGAAGAUCAUCGGACUUUGGUCAACGUGAAAAUCUCCUAUGACCAUGAAUCAUCAUCAGAGGUAGAAGAAAGUGUCAAGACAUCGAAGACAUCGCAGUCCACUUUAUUCUUUCUUAAGAGCCUAGAAAAAUAUCUGUUGAAUGAGGCUUGAUGAAGUAUUGUCAUCUUUACUAGUACCAAUAAAGGGUUGAAGCAAAACUUUAGUUUUACUGCUAGCCCUGUUCAAAGAAUUUAUGUUAUAUGCAAAUAAAAUAUCAUUCAAUAAUGA